CCAACUGCGUGAAGUUGUCUGAAUGCGAUCACCAAUGAAGCCAAAUGAAGGACCCUGUUUUUUGGGCGCGUUGCCUCAGGACAUUUAUGAUUUCUCCAACUGGAAAAUAAGCAGGAAAAGGAAACCAAUUAGCUUGUAAUUGAUUGGGGACCCCGUGGGCGAGCCCGAUCUCAGCGCCUCGUGUUCGCCUAAAAGCAUUCCACUAGGCAGAAUUUCCAAGUUCAAGAAUGGCACCCUCGUAAUUCCACGGCGCCCACUUGCCCAUUUUGGUAGAGUAGCUUUCGAGGAUUUCAGAGAAAGUAUAAGCCACCGUAAUUGCUUUGGCUCUGUCUUCCCUUUGAAUUGAGCCCAAUAAAGGAAAAGAAAAGCAGAGCCGUAGUAGUCGAUUUGACAAUCUGCAGAGCCACAGAGAAUUGCAGUGUAGCAUUAGCUUCAAUUUAAAAAAAGAAAAUGUCUUUUUCAACCUUUAUGCGCAACCCAACAGGCAACAGAGGGGAUCUCUCUUCAAAAUUCUGAAUUUGUCCAUGUCUCUGGACAUCAAAGUCCCAUUAUCUUUGAUUCCUUUUCUCUUUAGCAAUAAAAUUCACAUUCUUUUAGUCUUUAAUCUCUAACCCUUUUGUUUUCUUCAGAGACAAUAGAGUCUGAUUCGCUGAUUCUUACCUGCACUAGGCUUUCUUGUUAGCAUUCUCUUUCAUCACCGAGUUUUUAACCCACUUUUCAUCUGACGAUAUUCAUUACCUUGUAGUUAUUAGCUAUUUUUUGUUGGUCGAAAAUUACUUGAGAAGCUUGCUUUCCCGCCCAUUAAUGUUUCUUUUUACCCUUUUCCAAUGUUGAAGUCAUGGAAUUUUCACUGUUGGCUUUGAGUUGCCUGUGCGUUCAAACAUUGUGAAUCACAGAUUUAAAGAGGUGAUUAUGGGCGGAGGUGGUGGGGGUGGUAAAGUGGAAGUGAUCAGCAGCAAGGGGUGCUCAAGACUGUUUGUGGGAUUCUCAUCUUCAAUCCCUUCUUUUCGAGGUUUGCAAUCCUUCGAGCCAAUGUCUCCAGCCACAUCCUCUGCUGGGUCUGAGCCGUUGUUGGUUCGAUCAAGCGGUCCAUUUUCUGGUCUUGUUAUAUGUGUAACAGGCCUAUCUAAAGUUAUUCAUGUUUCUGUUGCUUAUGCAGAAGCAAGAAAGCAAGUCAUGGAUGCAACAGAGAGAUUAGGUGGUCAAUACAGCCCUAAUUUGCAUCCACAGUGUACCCAUUUAGUCGUGCAGAGCUUUGGUGGACGCAAGUUCGAGCAUGCUUUGAAGCAUGGAUUAAAAAAUGGUCUCUUUGUUGUUACACUUGGAUGGUUUGUGGACAGUGUCAGGCGAAAUGUGAGGUUAAGUGAAUCACUCUACUGUGUCAAGAGUGUUGGAGGAAAUGAUGUGCACUUGGAUGACUUAAAUCGACGUGUCAGUUCCAGUGGAACUGAAAAUUCCUGUCUUCCUGUUGGUUUUAAUGAUGCCAAGCAAUUUGAAAUGACUGAAGGACAGCAUAAGCGAUCAUCUGGAAGAAGUUCUAAUAGAAGUAUUGAACCAACUUUGUCUGGUAAUUCCAUUUAUGUUGAUUCAGACAUUUCAGAUGACCUGAGGAAUAAGGUUUACGAGGCAGCUUCUGGAGAAGGUGCCACAUUUUUGGAUCGAUGGUUUGUUGGCUGCAGUGCAAGUCAUGUAGUAUGUGAAGGGGCUUCUACCCAAAGAUAUCUUGGCCACUCUAACCACCUUGUAACUCCACAUUGGGUACUAAAAACAGCUAAAGAGAAACACGCCCAGAGGCUUGUUCAGAUGUCUGCUGACUUGGCCAGACAGGUUGGAGUGAUGCUUGAAGAUUUUCAAAAUGGCAUUGCAGGGCAGGAAAUAAAUGGUGGAAAUGCCUCUCAAGAUGCUCAGAGUUGGAGGAAUAAAGCAAGCUUUGGAGAAAGGCAACAAAUUGUGAAUUUUGCUAAAAAUGGGGUUAGAAGUCGCCGUGGUCGUCGAAUGCAGACCUGUCAAACCCCAAUUCGUCCAAUAACCCCAAGCAGCCUUCUGGAUUCAAUCUGCUGGUCAAUAUCUGAGCCAUCUUCAACUGCUUCUAUUUACACAGACUCUUUAAGUUGUGAUGAUGUUAGUGAACAUCAUACAUCUGUUUUCUAUGAUGCAAAGGGUGACAACAAGGAUUCCGAAGCUUCCUUUGCAAACCCAACAAGGCCGCUUACAGAAAGUGAGAAAACUGAGUUGAUAUUUAAGAACCACUUUCUGACCAUACUGUUUCCCAUUGACCGGUUUUCUGAAAUGGGACCUUCUUCAAGAACCUUUUUCAGUGAAAAUGGUUUCACAUGUUUGCAAGUGUUAGAUCACAUAUAUGCAUUUUAUCAGGAGAAUAUGUCAGCUUCAGAAAUAGAAGCUGCAAUUCACACUGAUUCAAGGCAUGCUGAUCAGCUUCGAUCUGUGUACUCCAGUAAAGAAACGGCCGAGCUUGGUUAUGUGAUUUUCAAACGUAUCGACUUCUUAGGAAGCUGCAGGAGUUUCGAAAUGUUAAAGCGUGUUGCUGGGGACAACAAUAGUAACGUAUAUGAACUUUUGAUUAGAGCCUGACCUGAUGUUUCAGAGAUGUUUGUUAGAAAGCCGUUAGCUUGAAGACAAGAAAUACAAAUUUUUAACAUGCGAGUACACAAUUUUCCAAAGGAUGAAAUGCAGGUUUAUAGUCUUCUCUUUUUUUAAAAAAAAAAAGAAAAAAAAGAAAAAAUUCCCCCCAUGAAUAUACAGAUAUCAUAUUCAUAUAUCCUUUGAAGUGUCCAUGAGGAACAGCAAAGAAAGAAGUGCUCUUUUUUGCACAGGCACUUCCUGUAUUUUCCGUUUUGUUAUAAUAUUUUCCGUUUAAUUUAUGAACAUAUCAAUGAACUAACUUUUGACCUCUUGCCGAGUUCCGAUUGGAAAUAACACAUGCUUAUAUUUAUCAUAUCUGGGUUGUGUCUGAAUCAGUCGGUUAUGAUUACGUUGCAGUUAAAUUGAAUUAUAGUUAUUUAAGAUUAAAUUACCGAGUUACUCGUAAUCGGUCUGCUAAAAGCUACUAAUGCAUUCCGUUCAAUGAUAGGCUCUACUGAUGUGCAGCGUUUGGCUCUGAAGAAACAGAAAUCGUCUCGCACCUGUAACCUCACGUCCAUCCAGCAGACAUGCCUUCCCCGGAGCACAUAAAUACUCCGGGGCAACACUAUCUGAGAUGGGUUUCUAGAGUAACAACAUUCUGCUACAUUGUCAUGCUUGAUGAAUUGUACUAUCAUGUAAUUCAAUUCUGUCAGUUAUAUCUGAAGAAAAAAGAAAAAAAAGGAAUGUAACAAAAAAUAAGGUACAAAAUUAACAAAAUGCAAAAACAUCGGCUGAUGUAGGGUCCCCUGAUGGCUCCCGAAAGUAAUGCUACUGUCAACCGGUUAAACCUUAAUGGUACACUUCUACUUCAUUUUCUUAAACCCUUCCCCUCCCUAACUUUUUGAUUUUUUUCUCUCUUUUCCUUUUUCUUUUUCUUUCCAUUUUUCAAGGCUUUCAACUACUUCUGUCUUCCAUUUCUUCUCAUGUACAGAUACAAGAAUAAUUUCAUGACUACAACUCUGGAUGGAUUUUGCAUUAUGU